CCUUGUUCAUCUCUUCCUGCCUGUUCACAUACCACGGUCCUCUUCUCACUUUGCAGCCUUCUUUGCUUCGCAUGGUUCUCCAAUGGGUGGGUCAGCGGGUUCCACCUGUGGAAUCAGCUUCAGUCAACCGUCUGCAUUUCAUGAUUCUUCCUGCCUUCUCACGUCCUUUCAUCUAGUCUGAUACUUUUGCUUAUAAUUUUACCAUUCCAUCGGCUAUGGUUGCUCACACAGGGUCCCUGCACAUAAGUAAUGAAACCAAUUUGUUACGGUGAUCCCGCCGGAUUUUAUUUUUUUGACAUGCAAUGAGAAGUUGGGGUAUCUAUGAAUUGGAAGACUUGGUUUGGAAGCAACAGUUAAUGUCAAGGAUGCAUCCCAUAGGGUCCUUGUACAUCUCUAAAGUUGUGCUAGGUGAAUGCCAAACGAUUCAAAGAAAGUGGAGGCAAAGGAAACUUUAAGUUGGAUCGUGUUUACUUCUGGGCCAGCUAUUGGAGUUGGGUUCCUUGAAAGUUCGAGCAGAAUUUCGAGCUAGUCCUGAUUUUCCCACUGAAGGGCACUUAAGAACAGUAAAGAAAUACACAUCGCAUUUUCUGGGCCCAGUAACGAGGAUGGCUAGCUUGAGCCAGUUCCUGGCAACUCGCAGUAUUUAUCCUUGUGCAGAGGAACAAGCAAGGCGUACGUCGUAGACUUGAAGAGCCAGUUUUCAGGCAUCUACAAACUGAGAUUGCAUUUCCAGAAUCGUAGAGGUGACGAGUCUUGACUUAUUGAGUGCGGAACAACCGCUGGCUCUGAAUUCAACAACGAUGGGAGAUGCAAGUAGUGCCUCAGCUCCACGAAUUCCACCUACAUACUUCUCUUCUGUAGCCUAUUCUGCUAGGGAUCUACUCUACAGGGGAUUCGUGGGAGGUCAAACGGUAUCCGUGUCAUGUCUGGGCCCAUGGAGUACAAAGCUUACGUCCUCAGCAACAUUAGCUCAUGUUAUCACAGUCGGAACAAUGAGUGCCACCGUGGUGGAGGGUCAAGGAAAGUGCGAGAUUACAUUCAGCACCCUUUGUAACCAGAUAAGUGGCACAACAACUUUCUUGAAUGUGUUGUGCCCAGGCGUGACGGUGGUAGUAUCGACUUCGAUGAAGGAGGGAUCCUGUGGUGGGGCUGUCAAUGUACAGUAUGUGCAUCCAUAUGCUGCUAUGAGUGCGAAGGUUUUUGGCACCAAAGGUUGUGGCUAUCGUGCCCAGGACUCAACAGCUACCUUGCUGUAUGAUCUCUUCAUCGAUAGAAGUAUAGACUGCUAUUUCACACGUUUUGUUGCACUCAAAACACAAGUUGGCGGUCACAUGACAUUUCUGUUUGAAAGGAAGAGCAAGUCAAUCCAAAUUGGAGGGUCUCAUGUAAUGGAUGCACAAACUCUUAUAAAGUGGAGGCUAGCUGAUACUGGCACAGUUGCUGAUCUACUUCGGUAUUGUCCAAACCCUCAAGUUAUAUGUGGCCUCGCUAUUGCAGUGAACUUUAGGAAUAUGAGGCAAGCUCCGUGUGUGGGAUUGGGUUUAAUAAUGUUCCCACCAUAA